AUGGCUGAAAUUGAGGAAAAUGACGGACCCCGAUUGAAGAAAGCUUACGUGCCUGAAGACGAAACUCCAGAGCAGCGUGACGCUCGGACCAUCUUCAUCGGAAACUUGCCUAUUGAUGUGGCCAAGACCAAGCCCGGAGAAAAGCAACUCAUGGUGUUUGUCACAUCGAAUGUCCUCGGCUCCAGUAUUGAAUCUUUUCGAUUCCGUUCGGUCGCAUUCAAGCAGCCGACAUCUGGACUCGAUGUAAAUGACCCUAAGCGAGAAAAUGGUCUACCGUCCCCUUCCCAACCACGCCCCCAAAAGGAUACUGAAUUGAAGCAAACUAGCACGGAUAAGGUCAUAUUCUCUCCUGCCAAGAGGAAGAAAAUUGCAUUUAUAAAGGGCGACAUCCACGACAAUGCUACCUCGAUCAACGCGUACAUUCUAUUUGCACACCCAAGACCAGAACCAGAUGCACCAUUUGUCUUGAAUCCAUAUAUAGCCGCAAGUCGGGCAGUCGAAAGGUGCAAUGGGCUGCAAUUCAUGGGGAGGACUCUAAGAGUGGAUUUCGUUGGGGGAGUUGCUGGCACCAGGCUGUUUAACGAACGACAGACGAUCUUUGUCGGCAAUCUUCACUAUGAAUGCGGGGAGGAGGAGAUUCGGUCGUUCUUCGAGGGUUUACUUACCACCGAGAUGGGCGAGGCUGCCAGGGCGGACGAAGAGAACUCUGAAGAUGAGCAGGGACCAAAAGCCUGGGUGAAAAACGUUCGAAUCAUCCGCGAUCCCGACACGCAGUUCGGAAAAGGGAUUGCCUACAUUGAAUUCAGAAAUCGGGAGUGCGUGGAUGAAGUCCUUGUAUUAGACGACGAGCAGCUACGGCUGAGGAAACGAACCUUGCGAGUUGUACGGUGUAAAGGCCCGACAACAAAGAUCGGGAAGAACGGAGAAGCCAAGAAGAUUGGAAAGCGUUCGAAAACUACGUCUGACAACCCCCCAGUGGACAUUAAUGCUCGAGGUGAUCCACGCCUCGGUGAGCGUCUCAGAGGUCUGGACAAGGAAACUCGUGUUGAGAUGAAGCAAUCCGACCCAACUCGCUCGGCACGUCGCUUGGCUAAGAAGGCCCAAUACAGGGCGCGCAUUGCGGAGGAGCGCACUAAUCCAGGAUCCCAUGGUAAGAUAGGAGCGGUCCUUGGGAAGGGGAAGAAGAAAACGCCGAAACCGAAGGCAAAGGUAUCCAGAAUUCGUGGCCCAAAUACCUUGGCGAAGAGGAAUUUGAAGAAGUAG